CAACAGCAGGGAGUUUGACAGACCUAUCAUACAGUUCACACACACACAAUCUAACGGUUUCCUGUCAACACCCAGAAAGAUAAAAAAAUCCUAAAACUCUGAAAUUUGUUUAGGGCUGCUUGUAAUCUUCACUCUCUCUCCAUCUGACUGAAAAAGCAACACAGGACUUAUUGGUAGAAACAAAAGGAUUAUUAAGAGAGAGCAUCUAAAACUGUGACUUCCAAGGGCAACUGUUAAAUGUGAAAGUUAACCAAAGUUGUACGUUUCACUACCUAGUGCAGUGUAUCUAGUGUUCUACAAUGGCAGCAUCUGUCUCUGAGUUGUUGCUGACCAUUCUGGAGAAACUGGACCACAAAGAGAUGGAGAGAUUUAACUGGGAGCUGUGCAAUAGCAAACUGAAAGAUUUUCAUAACAUUUCAAAGGCUCAUCUGGAGAAUGUCACAAGGCAUGCCACGGUGGAUAGGAUGGUGGAGACCUACUGCGAUGAGGGAGCUGUGAACGUCACAAAAAUUAUCCUUAGCAACAUGGGCCUUAACAAACUUGCUAUGUCUUUAAAGAGAGAUCUUCCAGAAGAAGAACCAACACAGAAAAAAAUAAGGGAAGAGGGGAAAUCGGUGAGUGCGCUGAAGGACGAGCUGAAAUCUGACUUAACACAUCUGGAAGAAAAGCUGGAGAAAUGUGGAAAUGCCCGAGAGAACUACGAUAGCAUGACUCAGCACACCAAGGACCAACAGGUGGACACAAUGAGGAGGAUCAGGGAAGAGUUUGUGAAGCUCCACCAGUUCCUGAGAGAGGAAGAGGAUGCCAGACUGGCUGCUCUGAGGGAGGAGGAGAAGGAAAAGGGAAUGUUAAUUGAGAAAGGCAUGGACAGCAUUGAUGAGCAGAUCUCCUCUCUCACAGAUGCCAUUGAGGCUGUGAAAGAGGACCUGAACAAAGGCAGUGAAAACUUCCUUGUGAGUUACGAACGCACCCAGAGCAGUGCCAGAGCCCAACUUGAUCUUCCGGAUCCACAGCUCGCCUCCGGAGCGCUGAUCGACAUCGCCAAACACCUGGGAAACUUGCAGUUCCAAGUCUGGGAGCAGAUGCAGGCGAUAGUCAAACACUCACCCAUAAUUUUGGACCCCAACACGGCUCCCUCUACUAUGACUUUGUCUGAUGACCUCACCAGCGUGCGACACACAGCCGUAGAGAAGCAGCAGAUUCCGGACAACCCAGAGCGGUUCACACGGUGGGCAAAGGUCAUUGGCUCCACAGGCUUUGUGAAGGGUUCAGAGCAUAGCUGGGAGGUGGAGGUGGGUGACCAACCUGAGUGGAAUCUAGGCGUUGCUGCAGAGUCCGUCGAUCGGAAGGGAGAAAAUCUUCUUGCGUCACCAGAAUACGGAAUCUGGGCUAUACUGAAAAGGGGGCGCAAGUAUACAAAUGGAGCUGGUAAAACGCUCACUCUGAAGAGGAUACCCCAGAGGAUCAGAGUUCAACUGAACUACGACAGGGGGGAAGUGGCUUUCUAUGACCCCAAAGACAAUACACACAUCUACACUCAUAAACAUAGGUUUACUGAGACGGUCUACCCAUACAUCUCUGUUUGGAAGAUAAAAGACUCCGUCAACCGUGAUAUACAUAUCUGCCCAUCAGAGGUGUCUGUGACAGUAAAAUCAAAUCAAUGAGGUAUGUGCGAGUGUUGGUGGGUGUAUCGAUCCAAUCUUCUCUGAUCUUCACAGGCUUUAUACGACUUUUCUAUAAACCAUCCCAAACUAUUAUUUAUCUGCCCAUCAGAGGUGUCUGUGACAGUAAAAUCAAAUCAAUGAGGUAUGUGCGAGUGUUGGUGGGUGUAUCGAUCCAAUCUUCUCUGAUCUUCACAGGCUUUAUACGACUUUUCUAUAAACCAUCCCAAACUAUUAUUGUUCUGUAUAAGAUGUCUGCCCUGUUACAUUUCAAAUAUUGUUGUAGUUGAAUAAUUGUGCACGUUUCAUGUCCAAAUCAUCCUAAAGUGUCUGAAAUUCCUAAUGUAGAUCAAUUAAGUUAUACUUUAAGAUGCUAAUAUAUGGGAUAUACCAUUGGUGUUGGGUGACAAAUGCUAAAAAGUUAGCAUUUGGAGGCAGUGGCCAGGGAAACUAAACCAAAUCAGGAUUGCUGUCUUACGUUGUCAGUAGACUGCUUAAAAGAUAAGGAAAUCUAUCAUUAGUUUCAACUAUCCCUUUAAAGGGGAAGUCCACAGCUGAAACAAUAAUAAAGCAGUCUCCCUGGAGAAAUGUAACCACUCAAAAUCAUAGACGGAGCUACGGAUGCAAGGACAGAUCAUCCAAGAUAACAAAACAUUGGCGGACUUCUAUAUUCGUUGAUUCUUGAAGAAUAUAACGUAUAAAUGCCAUGAGCGCAGAUAAACUGUCGUACCCAAUCAGAACCCAUAUAAAAGCUUAUAUUUUGGGUUCUGAUGGGGUACGACAGUUCAACUAUACGUUCAUGGCAUUUCUAAGUUAUAUUCUUCAAGAAUCAACAGGUAAAUAUCCCUUACAAUAUAAUUCCAAGUUGGAUGUAGCAACUGCAGAUUCCUCCUUUUAAGUGUUCAUUAGGUAUAUGUUGAUAGUUCAACACUUUGUUUUAGUAAACCACAAGAUCUGUGUGCCAUGUCUACUUGUACCUUUUGCUAAACAUUUACUUUGACUUCCAGCACCUGUUGAAAGUCACUGGAUGUGUGUCAUCAUUUCUUUCCCCAAAAUGUUCCAAUCUGCUGUGCUGAACUUUCUGUAUGAGAUGUAAGGGGUUUACAUACAUGUUUGUAUAUAUAUUUGCCUUCUUUAAAGUAGAACCACGUGUUUCUGCAGUCAGACAGAAUGACAUGGCUGCAAAAAGAAAGUGUCAUUUUGACAAGACUGCGGUCAAAACGUGUCAUCUUUUCAAAUAAACUAGCACCAUGGAUUCAUAAAUAGGGUUGUUGUGGUCCAUUAAUGUGUGUUGUUACUCUUCCCUUAUUUUUAACGCUGGGAUUCCAUAAUGGAGCAGCACACUAGACAGCCGGCAAUGCACCAUUUAAAAGGCAAUUUAUUUAGC